AUGCCACCAGCCAACACGCGAGACGGAGCUUCCGCCUCCCAAAGACUGACUCGCAAAAAAACUGCAAACUCUGGACCCGCGGGCCCUCAGAAUGAUGAGCCUGCAAGUUCCAAGGUCGAGCAGCACCAGAAGACCUUUAUAAUCAAUCUCUCCGAUGAUUCAUCCGAUGACGAUGACUCGGAUACUUCUUCGCAGGCAGAAGUACCGAGAGGAGUUCGAUUUCAGCUGGGGGGAAAUGACUCUCAAGAUGACACGGGCGAAGCUGCGUUCCGGGCGCAACCUGCUGGCGACAUGAAUGGUGAACUUGAUCUCGUUGACGACAAGCAGCCACAGGAGCACAAUGCUGGGCAGCCGGCCAUAGCGCCGGUUGGAACAAGGCAAAAGGAGAUUCCUGACUCAGAGAGCUCCGACGACGAGGUCCCAGCAGGCACGCAGACCACCAAUGCACACACCAAUGCGCACACCGCAAGCAAUAUAGAUGUCGAAGCAGACGUCAACCCAGCAAAUACCGGCCCUGCUCCGCACGAUAAAGCCAAAAAUUCGGCGCGCAAAGGGCCCAGGAUGGUUGCAUCGGCAGGCAAGACCAAGAAGCGCAAGGCUUCCGACCAAGAAGCCAGUACUGCGGCGCGCACGGGGGGAAGAGAGGGUGCAUCAGCACCGAAGAAUCCUAAAAAGCGCAAGUCUUCCGACGGUGUGAGCCUAGAGAAUCAUGGCUGCGCACACGACAAUCAAGCAGAACGCGAAGAGCUGCCAGGAAACCAGAUGUACGAGGUCCAUUCGGCUUUCCGUCAUUGCCCGCCUCUGGCCGAUCCAUUACCUCAGGGCGCCGAUGCUCGGGAAACUGCCACAUCAGACAAUUUUCAAGGUGAGGCGGCCAUCAAUUCGCCUCUGCGCGCCUCCCGGGAGUGUGGUAUGAGCGGAGUCGAUGAGACCUCCAUGGCUAGAGGGAAUGUAGCCGAAGGUCCAACUUCACAUGGACACUGCCCGGAUUUCAAGCGUCUCGCAAAUCCGCCCAAGGAAGAGCUCAAUUCAGGGGCUGCGUCACCUCAGGGACACUCGUGA